AUGCAAAGCCUUGAGGGUUGCAUACUAUUAACGUCCAUCAUUUUUCUUCCAUUCGUGUCAGAGUCAUUAGUAAUCCUCGUCGCGAUGUCUGCCUCAAACGAAAGCAGCUUGUUCAACAUCAUCGUGGUUGGCGGUGGCAUCGCAGGAUUGUCCGCGGCGAUUGCGUUGAGAGGGUCAAAUCGAAAGAUAAUUGUUCUGGAACAGAGUCGCCUCAACCGAGAGAUCGGCGCCACAAUAUCUCUCCAGCCAAAUGCGUCAAAAAUUGUCGAGAAACAAUGGGACCUCGAAGAAGGCCUUGCGAAGACGGGGUCUAUGGCCGACAAAGCUUUUCGGAUUUACAACACAGAAGGAAAACUACAUGCAGAGAUUCCCUUUCACUUGAAGAAGAGCUAUGGCGCUGAGAGAAUGAUCUAUCAUCGUGUCGAUUUACAUGAUGCUCUAAAAUCUGCAGCAACGCGAAACGAAGGGAACGUGGAUCCUGUCGAGAUCCGAACUGGCUGCGUAGUCCGGAAAUGCGACCCAGAGGCCGGAACCGUCGCACUCGAGUCCGGGGAAGUGCUUUCUGCAGACCUCAUUGUUGGAGCUGAUGGGAUCAAGAGCGUUCUUCGACAAUCGAUCAUCGGAAAGGAAGCCCCCGCGAUACCAACUGGACUCUCCGAUCCGAGGGAGUCGUUCACCACGAUGAUUAUGGGCCAUGAUAGACGUAUCAUCAUGGGCCCCGCGAGAAACGGAGCAAUCUACAGCAUUGUAGCUCUAGUACCAGAUGACCAAAUGCAGGAAAAUGCCGAAGGGAAGUCGUGGACCACCAAGGGUAGUCCCGAUAAGCUCAGGGAAACAUUUGACGUUUUUCCAAAGUGGGCCAAGGCUGUUUUCAAGAACUGUACAGAAGUUGGAUUGUGGCAGCUACGCGACCUAGACCCAUUGGAUACUUGGUACUGCGAACGUGCAAUUAUUAUCGGUGAUGCCGCGCAUCCGAUGCUUCCGACUCAAGGACAGGGGGCCAGUCAGGCUAUCGAGGAUGCAGAGGCUCUAGGAGCCAUCUUUUCAGAUAUCAAGGAAAAGCCGACCAGAUAUCAGAUUACAGAGAGACUAAAGGUGACAAGCCUAUUAGCCAUUGAUGUUGAGGCUCAGUGGCUAACAUUUCAACAGAUAGUAUUCGACUGUCGGUACGAGAGGGCCACACUCAUCCAAGGCUACAGUAGAGAGUCCGGAAAGCCUGCGACAGACAAGGGCAACAACAAGAUCACGAUGAAUCCGGCUGAGUUCAUGGACUAUAAUUGUACCUACAAUGGCGCAAAAGACUGGAUUGAGCGACAGGCCAGGGCGAAGAUAUUGGCCGAAGUUGAGAUGUCGAAGGGUACCGCGCCAGUCUCCAUUGCGACGAAACAGAUGGCUGCAAUUGAUCUGGGCAGUAAAUGA